AGCAAAACACGAAUCUGUUGUGUUGUUUGUGUUUCUUCUUCUGUUUCUGUUCUGCGUGUUGGUUUGGUGGUUUCAAAAUCAAACUUAGUGCAUAAAACAAAAUAUAAAAUAAGCCCACACAAAAUUAUUUAACAAUUUCAAAAACAAAGUUCAAGUGCGGGUGUUACGUGUAGUGACUCAUUCGUGAUCGAUUUAAGUAUCCACAUAGUUCAAAAAUUCGCAUUCGAAUCCCCAAAAAAACAUGACCAAUCGCUUGCAAUUUUCAACAGCAGCAAAAUAAUAGAAAAAAGGUCUCUGAUGAACACACGACCGAAAGACCUUCGAUAAGCACCAAUAGCAAGAACAAUAAAAAAUAAAAAUAAGUUAAUAAAACAAACAACCGUGAAAAGAAAAAGAAUUUCAAACGAAAACAACAAAACAAACUCAUAUAAGUCUCUCUGUUUAAUUUGAAAAUCCACACACGGAACAAAAAGAGAGAAAGUUUAAAUUAAUAAUAAUUAAUUCGAAAACGGAAAAUUCAACUUGGUUGAUUUUCCUCCAUCUAGUUCAGAGAAUGUCAAUUCCCCACAGGAAUAUGAAAUUCCGUAUGUCAUCAACUAUAUGCAAUGCGAUCCGCGAUUAGCAUUGAUUGUCUCAGCCGACUGGAUCGAGCCUAUUGAUUUUAAGAAAAAAUCCUUCCCUCGAGAACUUCUGUGUGGGACAAUUGACAAAGCACGUUCGGCAAUUGGCCUAACAGCACGUCAAUCCACGUCUCGAAAGAGCUAUAAGAAGUCACCCACCAAAAAGGAUUCACUACUCUUCCCCCAAUCAGAGACACAGUUCUACGUGCCUAGUCCGAGUGGAGCUGAUGAUUACGCCAGUAGCAGUGGUUGCGAAGAAGUUGACACUGCAAUGGACCGAGGCGGACGUAGUCUAGCAACAGCACAAAAUCCAAAACACCCACGAAAAGAUAAACCUACAAUAGCACAUAAUUUUACCAAAGACGAAGCCACGAUCUCACUUCCCGUACCACAAACCCAGCAGCAGCAGCACGAUCAAAAAGAAAAGCCUAAUCAAGAAGAUUUGGUUCCAUUGGAUAAUGAGGAUUAUAAUAAAUAUGUUGAGAAUUACGAGAGAAAUCUAGAACAGCGCCAGCUGUAUGAGCAAAACAUUCCACCGGGUAUUUUAAAAUCCAGUAAAACAACUCAGCCUGUCAAUAAUCCAGGUGGGGCAGCAACAACAACGGUAAAAAAGAAAAUCAUACCAACAAGUACUGAAGUGGCUGUUAAGCCAGUUACCAUUAUGAGUCUAGAAGAUCGUGAUAUCAUUGUAAUUGAUAAGGCCGAUAUCAAGGAAUCUACGAAAAACGAGGCAAACGUUAUCGUUGUAGAUAACCCAAGACAAACAAAAGAAGUUGACUUGGCCGAUCUUCUGGGUGGCAAUUGGCCAAAUAAUGCCGGUGACGCUGCAAUGGUUCUGAAUACCAACACAUCAGAACAUAACAAAUCGCCAAACAUGAGUAAUGGUGGCAGUAAUACUACAGCUACGACUACAGCUGGUAGCAAUGUCAUUUACGUCAGCAGUAGCAGCAACAGUAGUGUGAGUAGUAUGAAUCAGAAAAUAGAUAGUAGGAGUAAAUCAGCGAAUCCAGUGUCACAUUUGAUUGGCACUAAGAGUUUGGAUCGCAAGAAUCGCGGCGAUACAAAUUGGACGCAUUCAGAUAUGGUAGCGAUUCCGGCAAGUCAGUCAGCAUCAGUAUCAGGAACAGCUUCAUCACUGGCCACCGGAAGCGAAGGAAUUAAAAAGGAAAAAAAAUUGAGAAACACAAUUGAACCAUUGUACGAUAAUGUCAACACACUUCCAGCAGCUCUGCAACAGCAAAACAUUGCUCUUGCCUCACCUGAAGAGGAGUUUAUACAAGCUUCGCCUAUGCACGAUGUCCCUGGGACCAAUUUGGGAGUUGGAUCAAUGGUUGAGGUGUCAACUGAAACAAGUGAGGAUCUAUACGGAGUUAUACGAUGGAUUGGAUGUCCACCGAGUACAAAGACUGUUAUGGUAGGAGUUGAGCUCGAGGAUGAGCAGGAAGACAAACGUUUGCCACUAACCGAUGGGGUUUACAAUGGAGCCAGACUGUUUAAAUGCCAAGAAGGGCGAGCACUGUUUCUACUGCCAAAUCAAGUGGCAAAAGAUAGGCGAUUUGUUGAGAUCGACACUCCACAGGGAGCUGCCAAAUCGGCUGCAAAGACAUUAGACUCGAAAAUGUUUGGUCAAGUGGAAUGUCCAUCGGUCCCUGGAGCCGUUUCACCUCUAAAAAUAUACAAUUUGGAUGAAUUGGAAGAGAUGUGCGGUAAAUUUAAAGGAAUUCAAGGUCAUCACAAUUCUUGUUACUUGGAUGCAACACUAUUUUCAAUGUUUACAUUUACAAGUGUAUUUGAUUCGUUACUCUUUAGACCACCGGAACCAGAAGACAUAUCACACUAUGAAGAAGUACAAAAAGUUCUUCGAGAAGAGAUUGUGAAUCCUUUAAGAAAGAAUAUGUUCGUUCGAGCAGAUCGUGUUAUGAAACUAAGGCAAUUACUUGACAAGCUUAGUUCUGUUAGUGGAUUAACAAGCGAAGAAAAAGAUCCUGAAGAGUUUUUAAAUAGUUUGCUGGCGCAAAUCAUGCGGGCUGAACCUUUUCUCAAGUUAAGCUCAGGUCAAGACGCUUUCUAUUAUCAACUUUUUGUUGAAAAAGAUGAACGUCUUUCGUUUCCUUCAGUUCAACAAUUAUUCGAACAGAGCUUCCUUUCAUCUGAUAUUAAAUUGAAAGAAGUACCAUCAUGCCUUAUCAUUCAAAUGCCACGUUUCGGAAAGAACUUCAAAAUGUAUCCAAGAAUACUUCCAUCACAAGUACUUGAUGUUACGGAUAUUAUUGAAGACUCACCUCGUCAAUGUUCUGUUUGUGGAAAAUUAGCCGAGUACGAGUGUAAAGAAUGUUUUGGUAUUUUACAAUGUGGCGUUGGAUUAGAGAGUACCGCAUUUUGCCGUAAAUGCCUUGAGACUGUUCAUUCCCAUGCAAAGAGAGCAAAUCAUACACCCAAGGAGAUCUCAGUUCCCCAUGAUUUCAAAAUAAUGGUUGAACAUUUAAAUGUGCCACGAUUAUUUAUGGAACUUUUUGCAGUUGUUUGCAUUGAAACUUCCCAUUAUGUAGCUUUUGUUAAGGCUGGCUCAGGAUUAGAUGCACCAUGGUGUUUCUUUGAUUCUAUGGCAGAUCGAAAAGGUGAACAAAAUGGAUAUAAUAUCCCCGAAAUGAUAUCCGUUCCCGAUUUGCCACAAUGGCUAUCAGAAGAUGGAGCUCGAGCUGUUAAUGAGACAUCAUCAAAUGAUAAAAUGUUACCAGAACAUGCCAAACGAUUAUUUUGUGAUGCAUACAUGUGUAUGUAUCAAAGUACAGACGUUAUGAUGUAUCGUUAGAAUUAUUUAAGAAUAUAAAACAAACAAAAAAUAUUAACUAACAAUGCAAACACAAAUAAACAAACAUAAUAAUAUUAUUAUUAAACAUUUUAGAGUACAUACAAUACAAAAUAAUAAUAAUAAUAAUACAUAGUAUCCAAUUGUGAACACAUAGUUGAACUAAGCUGUAGAAACUUAUUUAUUGCGAAUAACGAAAAAAAGAAACAAACAAAAAACAAAAAAAAGAAACAAAAAUUGAAUGCAAAGCAUUAUUAAUUUAUUAAUAACAUUACAUACAAUAUUUUGUCGUAUUGUUACCUACUUUUAAAAUAUUUUACAUUUAAGUAAAUAUACACCACUAACGGAAAACGUUCUAUAA